UGACAUUGACAAGCAUGAAGAAAAGGAAACAGAGCAUGAACUAUUGAUUUCGGAGUAAUAGUCAUCAUUGUAGGGACGAAAAUAAGAACAAUAACACGGCUGGUGUAUUAUGAAUAGAGUGGAUAUGCAGCAGGGGUCAAGAAUUCCGAGGUUUUCUGGGCAGAGGAGUAUGGUCUCCCAAAACUUCCAGCAAGAACCCAUGCCUGGUGUGUCGGCACAAAAACCAUCAAAACUGCAGAUGAUGCAACAAGAAUACCAGAGAAGCAUGAUGAAAGAAAAAGAAGAUAAGUUGAUUAACAUGUAUGAAAGUAAUCAACAAAAAGCUCUUCAAAGGGUAAACAAGCGUGGUAGUGUGAGGGAAUUCUUUCAAGAAAGAAGAACAAUGGGCCCUGUUGACCACAACACCCCCACCAUGCACCAGCUUUACAACCAAAAGAAGAGUGGAUCACAGUUGUCUGGCUUUAGCAAUAACAAUUCUGCAAGAAGCAAUGGUAGAGCUCCAAGCACAAACAAACCCCAGCCAAUUAAUCCAAACAACAGUGCUGGGAGAGACAGGUCAAAACUUCUUGCCCCAAUUCAACGAAAUGGUGCACAAAAUAACAUGCCGUUUCCUCAAAAACCUCAAAUAGUUCGACCUAAAACAUACACAGGAAGGGCUGCUCAACAAAAUAAAGAAAACUUUGGUAAUCGAUUUAUACCUAAGAGUGCACCGAAUGGUGAAAACAUGGAAUACAAUCAGAAUAGGUAUGAUGAUGAUGAGGAGGAUGAAACACCUCCACCAAAUGCCCAACAGUUAUACCAACUUCAACAGAAGCGUAAAAUGUUGCAAGUACAGAGAAACAGUAAUAAAAACCUAAUGCAAAAUAAACAAGUAAAACAGAGACAACCACCAAGUAGAAAUAAAAUCGAAUAUGAACCAUCAGAUGAAGAUGAGGGCUUUGAUGACAAUGGUGCAAAUGGUGCAGAUGAGGAGAUAAAGAGGAAGCAGCAGGAACUGUUGGCCCAGAUAGAGAGACAGCAGCAGGAACUGAACAAUCUCCGCAAUGAAAGACAGAUGGCUGAGCAACAGGAGGCCAUUGAGCGAGAGAAGCGUAAGAAGUUUGAGGAGGAGCGUCGACGGCGGCAAGUAGAGGAGGAAAGGAGACGGAAACUUGCCGAGGAAGAGGAGAGAAUACGGGAACAACAAGAACAGGAGGAGAUGGAGCACAAGCAGCGGGAGCAGGCUGAGCACAGGAGGCGGUUGGAGGCAGAAAAACAGCGCAUGAGAAAGACACCUGCCUCAAGCCAUGCAAGGGAGUACGAAGAUUACAACCAGUAUGAGGAUGAAUACGACCAUCAUGAGCCCACACCCCCUCCCCAGCCACGCCCAGCUAAUAUCAGAAAAUCAGUGCCAGCAAAACGUCCCCCUCCCAAACAGAACAAUCCUAGUCCUGACUUUAUUUCUGGUGGUGCGGAUGUUUCUCUGUAUGAGCAGGCUAUUCAGCAAGAGGGAGCUUUUGAAAGUCUCGGCAAGCUGAAAGCCUGUUAUAACUGUGGACGUAAGUUUGCAGUUGACAGGUUGGAGAAACAUGAGAAGGCUUGUAAGAAUGUGACAAAGAAGAGGAAGGUUUUGGAUUCGUCUAAACUGAGAACAAGAGGCACUGAGAUGGAGCAGUAUGUUGCACGAGCCGGCAAAAAGAGGGCUGUUGAAAAGCCGAAGUCGAAAAACUGGAGACAGCAACAUGAGAGCUUCAUCGAGGCCAUCAGGUACGCAAAAAAGGUGACCCAGAUAGAGAAAGAGGGAGGGAAUGUGGCCGACCUGCCCCCACCCCCACGCCUAGAGAACCCUGACUACGUGCAAUGCCCACACUGCACCCGCAAGUUCAAUGUUAGUGCUGCGGAGCGCCACAUACCUCAUUGUGCUAAUACACGGGCUAAACCUCCGCCACGCAGGCGCUAAACACUCAUCUUCUACACCAAUUUUACCCUUGUCAGAUGUUGUUAAAUUGAAAUUCAAAUUUUAGCUCCACUGGCCGAAGGCCAUGGAGCUUAUGUCAUCACAGAUUGUCCGUCGUGAGUGCGUGCGUGCGUAAACUUUUACUUUAAACGACAUUUCCUCUGAAACUGAUAAGCGGAUUUUGACAAAACUUCACAGGAAUGUUCCUUUGGUGGUCCUUUACCAAAAUUGCUCAAAUGGUUCCGGUCCAUUGCACAAUAUGGCCGCCAGAGCUAAAAAUAGCAAAAUCUUUAAACGACAUCUCCUCUGAAACGGUUCGGCAGAUUUUGAUGAAACUUGACAGUAAUGUUCCUUGGGUGGUCCUUUAUUAAAAUUGCUCAAAUGGUUCUGGUCCAUUGCACAAUAUGGCCGCCACAGCUAAAAAUAGCAAAAUCUUUACACGACAUCUCCUCUGAAACGGAUAGGCAGAUUUUGAUGAAACUUGACAGAAUUGUUCCUUGGGUGGUCCUUAACCAAAAUUGCUCAAAUGGUUCCAGUCCGCUGCACAACAUGGCUGCCAGGGCAAAAAAAUAGAAAAACCUUUAAAGAACAUCUUCUCAGAAACCGAUGAUCAGAUUUUGAUGAAACUUGACAGAAAUGUUCCUUGGGUGGUCAUUAACCAAAAUUUGUUAAAUGGUUCCAGUCCACUGCACACCAUGGCUGCCAGAGCUAAAAAAUAAAAAAAACUUUAUACGACUUGUCGUCGAAACCGAUGACCUUUUUUCGAUAAAACUUGACAGAAAUGUUUGUUUGGUGCUCCUUUACUCAAAUUGCCCAAAUCAUUUCGGUCCACUGCACAACAUGGCAGCCAGAGCUAUUAAAGUAAAAAAUUUUUUUAAAUAACUUCUCCUCAAAAAUUGAUGAUUGUAUUUCUAUGAAACUUGACGAAAAUGUUCGUUAGGUGGUCUUUGCUUGAACCUUUUGGCCAGUGGAGCACAGGCACUGAUGUGCCUCUUGUUCUGAAAACCAUAGCAACUGUGAUGAAAUGUAGGUGUUGUAACAUUGAAGUCUGUAUACAUGUGACAUUUAUGUCUAAUAUGUUGAAAUGAGGUUUGUUUAUUAAACAAUAAUGGUAAGUUUCCUAUUGACUGUGAAAUUUUCAAUUGAUAUGAACUUUGUUAUGUAUCUUGCCAUAGAUGUAUGACCAAAGAAUACCUUGCUUAUAUUCAAAGCUACCAUAAGUGAUAUGUUCUAUGAUAAAAAAAAAAUGUCAUGGAGAAAAACAGUGCACUGAAUCGAUGUACCAGAGAAAGUUUUGUGAUUCUAAUGUUUAGAUGACAUCACAAUAUUAGUGACAAUCACAUCAAUGCAAUAAGUAUGAUGCUGGAUGCAAUGUAAUCAGUAAGAGAUUAUGUCACUGGACCAUUUUAAUCACAUGCUUUAAAAAGGCAAUUAUUUUCAAAACCAUGUGUUCAUAAUGUUCAUAUUAACACCUUCCUUUGCAGGUUUUUUACUCACUGUAUUUCGUGUUUUUGGAUUUGACUUUCUAUUUUUUUUAUAAGAAUUGAUACAAUGCUACUACUUGCAUUUAUUUGUGUUAAGUUGAGAUUUUCAUUUUCAUGACAAAUGUGUCAUGGUCAUAAAGAAACACAAACAUUUAGAUAACAUGCAUUUAGUAUUUACUCUCAUCUUCCCGACAAAGGGAUCGGUAGACUGAUUCUGAUUCAAUCAUUUAGAAAGCUUUUGACAAAAAAGACCGCAAAAGUUCAAUAAAGUCAUUAAUUAGAUUUAUAAAGUAGAUAAUUCAGUGAUGCGCACAUUUACGCUGUCUAGAAUUAAAACAUUUGUCGCCAACACUAAGAUAGUUAUUGUGUAUAUUUACUUAACCAUUCAUUGGGCAGCCGGGCUGCAAAUGAACAAUGACUAUCAGAUGAGACUUCUUCAUAUUUCUUUCAUAAAUAAAGUGCUUCUUUGGAAAUGAGUGUUGCCACAUUUGAAUGAUACCAAUAAUGUUGUAAAUUAUUAAAUUGUGCAAACAUGUAUUCAGAAUUUUAUUCUUCAAACGUAACUGUGAUAAUAACAGCGAUUUAAGAUUUUAGAUAUUUGUUGUGUUUUUAAAGAUUAUAGAUAAUUUUAUAACUGUGAUUUGUUGUCAGCAAACAGAGCUUUAUAGUUUCUUUGUUUUUCAUACAUGUACAUCUAUGUGACAUGUAAGAUUUGUUGAGACACCAUUGAAUGGUCAGUCAUCACAUAAAUGUCUAUCUUAGCCUUGUUGAGACAGUUUGCGAUUACAUUUUUAAUACAAAUUUUAUUUCUAUAAUGUUAAGUCUAUGUUGAAAUAAAUGUACCAUAAAACCA